CAUUGCAACGUUCAGAGAAAUGCAAAUUUCAAAGAACAGCUGUGUUUAGGUUUGCGUAUGGCUCUGGAAAAUGCAAAAAGCUUCACCUGUAAAUUGAAUUUCUGCCCCACCCCUAGAACAUGUUUUUAAUUUGCACUGUAGAUUUUGGUAAAUUGGGGGAAAGGCAAUACUUUGGAUUACCCUGGUAGAAACACCCACUAUACCAGCACUUCAUCUGCUUAGCUGUCAGCCCUCUCCCCUCCCUCUGACUACAAAGCAAAGGGAGGAGGAGCUGGAAAGGGCUCAGUCUGCCACUCUCAGCCUAGGCUCACAACACUUCAGCCGCAGAUCUUUGGAAGAGGCUUAAGGCAACAGCCUCUCAAGCGCAGAGGUCUCUUCAGCUCUUUCUCUCUCACACGCUGUCUCCUCCUGCUGCUGACCUUUGGCUUCCAGUGACAAGCAAAGACUAAACCCAGAAGAUUCUCAUCCAGCUGCCUGUCUAGCCGCACACCCUUUCGUGGGGCAUCACUGACGUUGACCACCACCACACUGGAGAAGGUAUCUGAAGAGAGAGCAUUCGGGAUCCAACAGGUCUCCAUCCUGGAGGAGAAGCCUUUGCCCCAGGGUCCAAGAACUCCCAAACCUCCAGACAAAACACACAGACACCCUCUUUUUCCUGGAGGGUCCAAGGAAAGGUAGUUCUCUCCCUUAAAAGGGUGGGGGGGGCAUCCCAUCAAGUGACCUGGCUCCAUGGAAGAAGCUGUGAGCAAUGCUACCGUUUGCAGCCAUGACUUUGGGUUCGAACAGGCCAACGCCUCCCUUUCCUGGCCAAGCGUAUCUGGAAGUGGCCCAGAGACGGUGAUUGUGCCUGUGUUGUUUGGGGUGAUCUUCCUCCUGGGCAUGGUGGGGAAUAUGCUGGUCCUGGUGGUGCUUGGCCAUCUCCGGCCAGGUGGGCGCCCAUCACGCAGUGCCACCAACAUCUUCAUCCUCAACCUGAGCAUUGCAGACUGCUCUUUCCUCGUCUUCUGCGUCCCCUUCCAGGCCACCAUCUACUCCCUGCCUGAGUGGGUCUUCGGUGCCUUCUUCUGCAAGUGGGUCCACUACCUGGUCAUGACCACCAUGCUGGUCAGCAUCUUCACCUUGGUGGCCAUGUCGGUGGACAGGUACAUCGCCGUGGUGCACGCCAAGCGCUCGCUCUGCAUCCGCAGCAAGCGCAACGCCACCCUGGGCGUGGGGGUCAUCUGGCUCCUGUCUCUGCUCAUCGCCAUCCCGGUGGCUCAGCACCAGGCCCUCAUGAGAGGCCACCGGCAGGCACCCAACAGCUCCUUCUGCUGGGAGCAUUGGGCAGACAACCCUGCAGCCAAGCAGGUCUACAAAGUUACCAUUCUGGUGGUGGGUUACCUGCUACCUCUGGUGCUCAUCACCUGCUGCUAUGCCAAGGUUAUACGCCAUCUUCAAAAGAAGGUGAAGAAUAUUUCCAAGAAGUCAGAGAGAUCCAAAAGAAAGACAGCUCAAACAGUGCUGCUGGUGGUUGCUGUCUUUCUGAUCUCCUGGCUCCCGCACCACAUCAUCACUAUGUGGGCUGAGUUUGGGAAGUUCCCCCUGAACGAUAUCUCCUUCACCUUUCGCAUCAUCGCACACUGCUUAGCCUAUGGGAACUCUUGCAUCAACCCCAUCAUCUACGCUUUCUUGUCGGAGAAUUUCCGCACAGCCUGCCGGCAAGUCUUCACAUGCAAGGGCCUCCUUCAGCCGCCCCCUGCAAAGAAGAUGGUGAGGAUCCGCAUGGAGAACUUCUCCACUUCUCACUCAACAACCAACGUGUGACAUGGGGCAGGGAGGAAGUGCUAUCAGCAAAGGAAGAAACAAGAGAAAUGCAGCAGUGUCCAGAAAUUCCUUGCACAGGCAGAUUCAUCUCAAAAGGGAUGGGGGGAAAGGGGUGGGGGAAG